CUCUCUCUCUCUGUCUCUGUCUCUGUGCGCGCAUGGAGGAUCCCAACGCUAACGCAGCAUUCGCCGCCGCCGCGGCGAACUUCUACGGCGAUGCGUACGGACCACCCUCUCCGCCGGCGGGGGCGCGGACCCGUUUCGCCGAGAACUCCCCGAGCCCGACGUUUGGAUCCUCACCUCCGGCGGCCUUCGCAUCCCCGCCCACUCUGGCAUUCUGGCAUCCGUGUCGCCGGUGCUGGAGAACAUCAUAGACCAGCCACGGAAGCACCGGAGCUCCGAGCGCGUCAUCCCGAUCCUCGGCGUCCCCUGCGACGCCGUCUCGGCCUUCGUCGGAUUCCUCUAUUCCUCGAGGUGCCCGGAGGACCAGAUGCAGAAGUACGGGAUCCACCUGCUGGCGCUGUCCCACGUGUACCUGGUCCCGCAGCUGAAGCAGCGGUGCACCAGGGCGCUGAUCCGGCAGCUGACGGUCGAGAACGUGGUGGACGUGCUGCAGCUGGCGAGGCUGUGCGACGCCCCCGAUCUCUACCUCAGGUGCCUGAAGCUGGCCCACGCCCAUUUCGAGUCCGUGGAGGCGACCGAGGGCUGGAAGUUCCUGCAGAAACACGACCCGUGGCUCGAGCUCGAGAUCUUGCAGUUCAUUGACGAAGCUGAAUUGAGGAAGAAGAAGAGGAGGAGGAACAAGGAGGACCAGAGCCUGUAUCUGGAGUUGAGCGAGGCCAUGGAGUGCUUAGAGCAUAUAUGCACGGAGGGCUGCACGAGUGUCGGCCCAUGCGAUGCCGAACCCCUGAUGAAGAAGGAGCCGUGCGGCAAGUUCACCAUCUGCCGCGGGAUCCAGCUCUCAAUCAAGCAUUUCGCGACCUGCGAGAAACGGGUCGGUGGAGGUUGCUCGAGAUGCAAGAGCAUGUGGCAGCUUCUCAGAUUGCACUCUUCGAUCUGUGACCAGCCCGAUUCUUGCCGGGUUCCCCUUUGCAGGCAAUUCAAAUUGCGAAUGCAUCAAGAGAAGAGGAAAGACAAUGCCCGUUGGAAGCAGCUGGCGAAGAAAGUCAUCUCGGCAAAGGUCCUAUCCUCCCUGUCUCAGCCCAAGAGGAAGAGAGCAGAGGACCUGAGAGAGGAAGUAAGUGAUCGCAGCAUCAGAAGCAUGAGAUUGCCGACAAUCGCGAGCCAUUAGCAUUUCACUGGUUGCCAACAUGGAAAGAUGGCAAUGUGGUCGUGAGCCAGCACCUUUUUCGCAGCUAAUUACCAGAUCAAGCAGACGAUGCCCGUUCCAAAGCUUGCCCAUAUAGUAGGCUGGAACCGUUGCUUGUACUGUAAUUAUAGAUAUUCAAGUUGAUUCAGAUGCAAGUUAUCUAUAGAGGUCUCCGUAUUACCUUAUAGUCUUUUGAUGUUUAUAACUUUCGAAGGGCAAAUGUGGAUUCAGUGAAGAAAAUUGCCCGAAAUGUAGUAUAUAGAAAUUGUUACGUGUAUCCUGCAACCUGUGGUGAUUUUGUAAUAGACAUUAAGUGGUUCUUCUCCUA